AUAAACUGUUUUCAUCUCUGAAAGAAAAAAAGAUUGAACAAGGGUUCCUAUCUAUCUGAAUCUGAUGCAUAAACUUUCAAUAUCUUAUUGAUCUGACAUGACAGAUUCCUAUUAUUCAGAAGAUGGAAAACCCUGGAAAUAUGCCCCCAGAAACGUCAGUAAAGAGGAAAAGAGGUCGUCCGCGUAAAGACGAGGGUGGCAGAAGUGGUCAUAGGAUAAUGCCACGACCUGUCUUAAACAAUAAUAAUGGAAAACAGUCUGGAAUACUUAACCCCAUUGAGAAAACAGUUGCAGGUGUAGUUGAUGCAGCAUUCAAUGGAGGCUAUCUAGUAACUGUCAAGAUUGGCAACACAGAGACUAUUCUUAAAGGUGUUGUUUUCAAGCCAGGGCAGCAUGUUCCUCUCCUCUCACCUGAAAUGAUUUCAAUUGGAAGAAACCUACUCAAGCAACAAGUAGCUACACCUACAAAAUCGUCUGAAACAAUAUCAUCUAAG